AAAAGAAUAUAACAUGUGCUAAUGUCAUACACCCUGAGUGCUUUUUCAUAUCUUCAGUGUGUUUCAUCCACACAGCCACCUUAGGAGUGAAGGAAGUUAGGAUAUCCCUGUAAGUGAGAACAUAGAACCUUAGAUAAGUUAUGCGGCUUGACUUCAGGUUGUGCAGGAUUCAGAUGGCAGGAGAGGCACCGAGUCAAGUUCUAGGACUGGUAUAUGCAGACUGACCUCCAGGGAGAAGCCCAGAUCCGAUCUGCAGAGGUCUCCCUUCUGGCUAUCGUGGCUGCUGUUCAGGUGGUGGAGAAGAAGAUGGAACCCCAGGCUGCCUGGCUACAGAGCCUGGAGGGACGCACACGGACAGCCGAGGAGAAGCUGGCUGACUGCGAGAAGGUGGCUGUGAAGUUUGGGAACCAACUGUCGCUCAGGCUGGAGGGCAAGUGGGCCAUGUUGGGGACUCUGCUGCAGGAGUACGGGCUGCUGCAGAGGCAGCUGGAGAACGUGCUGUGCAACAGAAACUUCUGGAUCCUGUGGCUGCCCCCAGGCAGCAAGGGGGAGGCCCCCAAGACGCAGGCCAGCUGGAAACACCCCAGGAGUUCCGGCCUGGAUCAAGCAAGAGGCAGGGGCAAGUGGGAGGAGCCAGCAGGGCCCACAGGAGACCACUGUGGCACACCUGUGCUCAGAGACCUGUCUGAGCCGCAAAGAGGAGUCUGGAGGGAGGGUCUGAGGGACACAAGCCAGCCUGGGCUGCUGGAGGGGGGCCUGGCAAGGAGGGCUCUCGGGGAAGCACCUGUGGGGGUCUGCUUCCUGACCCCAGGGAGCGAGAGGUGGCCUUCCUCCCUCCAGGCCCUCCAAGCCAGGCUGAGCCAGCUGCUAGGGGCAUGGAGCAGUGCCCACCUUGCGCCCAGCGGGGCCAGAGCUUCGGCUGGAAGGAGCUCAGCCCACAGCAGGAGUGCGCGCAUCAUGCCCCACGGCCUUUCGCUAGUGCUCAGUGUCCCAAGAGCUUCGCGCACUGGGCCACCCCCGCCAGCCACCGCCAGGCGCAUGUGGCCCAGCGCACCUACACCGGCGCCAGAUGCAGUAAGACCUUUGUCCACCAGUCGACGCUCGCACCCACUACCGCACGCACAUCGGGGAGAAGCCCUACGAGUGCGCCGAGUGCGCCAAGGUCUUCGGCGGCCGGCGGCCUGUCCACGCUGCUGGAGCACCGGCACACACACAUCAGCGAGAAGCCCUUCCAGUGUGCGCAGUGCGACAAGCGCUUCACGCGCCUGGCCAACCUGACCGUGCACCAGAGGGUGCACUCGGGCGAGCGCGCCUUCCAGUGCGCCCAGUGCGGCAGGCGAUUUGCGCAGAAGCCCGGCUUCCUGCGCCAUCUGUGCGGCCACUCGCAGGAGAAGCGCUAUCCUUGUAGCCGGUGUGGCGAGAGCUUUACCUGUCCCUCCUGGCUCAUGUGUCACCAGGACAGCCAUGCUGGUCAUGUUUCUCCACCUUGCCUGGUUUGUGAGAGGGACUCCCCGAUCGACGAGCCGCCCACGGGCCUCAGGGAUGCAGUGCGGGGGAGCGCCACUGGUGAUCCUUCUGCCGCAUUCAGAUUUGAGGGCACCGGUACAGAGCUGAGCCUCAGGAGGUGCCCUGGGGACAGGCAGCGGAGCAGUGGUGAUCAGGAAGGUCUUGCGGGGAGUCCCUUGGACAGUUCUUUUUCUCGUGUGAAGAUGGAGAAUGUGGGUAGCACCCAGAGAGCUCCCUAAAGGGGCUCUGAGGGCACAGGGGCAGUUGGUGCCCCUUAAAUCCAAGCGGCCUCUGCUGGGGGUCACUUCUUGACCAGGUCGAAGUAUUCUGGCCAUGGUCAUGGCUUCCCAAGGGAGGGCUGUUCUCCCAGGCACUGCGAUUGCCCACGGGGCUUCUCAUCGCAGGGAGGCAUGCAGGGAGGCAGGGAUGUGGCCGCGAUAGAGGCCAGUCCCAAACACCUGAGCCUCACUGAGGGGAAGACCUGGGCUGGGAGAUGGGGUGGGCAGGAGUGGCCGGCUUUGCCUUGUUCUAUUAGGGGAGUGAUUUUCAGAGACAAAGGUUCCAGUUAGGAGAUGUGAUUACUCAGUGCUUUGAAGGGACAUCCAAGGUAUUCACCCUUAGCCAUAGCCGUUGAUUUCCUGGAUACUGACUGUGAAGAUUCUAAAGUGCUUCCUAGGGUGGGCAGUGGUGGCAGGAGGCCUUGGACGGAGUCCAGGCCAGGCCCAGCCUCCUGUUUAAUAGGCUGAGCCCAAGCAUCCCUCAGAUGUGAAUGCAAUAGCCUUGGUGAGUUGUAAAAUGUUUCAUGGAAACUUUCACUGACUUCUGCCCCCGCCGGGCACGGUGGCUCAAGCCUGUAAUCCCAGCACUUUGGGAGGCCGAGACAGGCGGAUCACGAAGUCAGGAGCUGGGAAAGGCAGCUUUGUGGGACAUGUGUCCCAGAAGGGCCUGGGCUGGCUGUGGCCCAGUGCUCAGGACCAGCCAUCUUGGCUCUUACAGGGCACUGUCCAGUUGGUGUAGUAUUUGCCUUCAAGCCGUUGUUGGAGCAGGCAGGCAAAGGGGGCUUUCUGAGGAUCCAACCUGUGCCAGUCACUGGGAUACAAAGAAGACUGAGGCCUGGUUCCUAGCUGUGGGGCUGGGAGGGGUAUCUGACGUCAAUGGUGGCACCUGGCAGAGGACACACACACACCAGCAGGCAGCAAGGGCUGCAGUAAAUGUUGCAGAAGCACCUAAAGGUUGAGCAGAAGGGAGGUAGGAAACCUGGACGUGGGCUGCCAGCAGCUGAGAAGCCCCCCUGAGAUCCUGGUGACCCCACUACCAUCUGAAGAUUUAGGCCAAUCACUAGGGCUUUUCAGGCAGGCCCUUAUGGUGGCCCGCCAGUUUGGGACCCUCCCAUUUUGAUACAUUAGUUCCCCCUCAGCUACUGGAGAUCUCAGCCACAACUGGGCUCUAGCUGUGACCCAGACUCUGCCAGGAUUCUCUAGAUCCUCAGCUGUCAGAUAAUCCCGUGUCCCCCUCCUCCUCCCCACUAAACCCCCAGUGCUUGACAUGAAUGCAUGUGUGCUUCCUAGGACUAGAGGCCGGUGCUGUCUCUGUCAUUGCCCUCGCUUUAAGGGACACACGAGCAGAUGGUAGCAAGCCCUGGAGAGCAGCACUCGGGCAAGUGAGGUGGCUCUGGCACUGGCCUUGGACUUUCAUGUUUGUAGCUUGAGUUGGUUUUUAUUGGAAGCUCUGUGAUUUACAUAAUCACUUACAACCUCUGUAAAUAAGGAACCAUGUAUGAGGAAUUGUAAAUUUCCUCUCUCCCCCUUCUUAUCCUGUCUGUGAUCUUGUUUGUGAUGCAGUAAUGAUAUUCCACUCUAGGUUCCCAUGAUCAGGGGUGAAAUACAGUGAUUUUCACCUGUGCUUCCAUUCUGAAGCUCUGAAAAGAAGUACUGGAUGGACUGAAGUCCAGGACAAUGUCCCAAAGAAAGGCAGAGUCCAGGUGGGCUUGGAGGACCAAGGCCUGGAUGGGCACUGGAGGGCAGAGGCCUCAGUAUCAUCGCCCGGAGGGCACAGGCCUAUGUCAACGCCUGGAGGGCACAGGCCUAUGUCAACGCCUGGAGGGCACAGGCCUCAGUGUCAACGCCUGGAGGGCACAGGCCUCAGUGUCCAGCACUGUGCCCUGCACAUGGAAAGCCCCUAUGUUUGUGGAAUGAAUGAAUAAAAAUGUUUUCAUAAGUGA